AUGCGUUCUUUAAUACCACUUUCUUUGCUCCUCACUGUCCUUGACACGCCAGUACACGCCGCUGUUUUCCCCUUCACCGUCCGCUUCGGUCACCCAGCACCGUCUUCACUCCAUCGUCGAGCACCCGUACCCAUCGGCAACACAGGAAACGCGCAAUAUGUCAGUAAUAUCACCAUAGGAGGCGUCACGCUCCCAGUGCUGCUCGACACGGGCAGUUCUGACCUAUGGGUACACUUCCCCAAAGAAGUCCCUACUAUGACAGAUACCGGUACUGAAGUAUCGCUGUCUUAUGCUGUUGGAAAGGCCACUGGUAAUGUUCAACUCGCCGAUGUGUCACUUGGUACCAUUACAGUUCAAAAUCAAGUCUUGAUACACGUUGUCGACACAAGUACAUUCACCUCGGACAUCCAUGCCCAAGGUUACGAUGGUCUUAUUGGUCUUGGCCCGAACGAAAGUAGUGUCAUUCGGAAAAAGAUGAAGAAGGCCGAUUCUUCAAACACCCUCGUUCAACGCGUCUUCGAAGCCAAUCGAUCCACAGAGAACUAUAUCACCUUCCUUCUCGACCGGAAAGGAGAUCCGGGCGAGCAAUUCAAGGGACAGUUCACCAUCUCUGAAAUUGUGCCCGGCUUCGAAAACAUUACAAGCAUGCCUAAGCUUGAUGUCGAUAAAGUCAAUCGGUUAUUGAAAGCAGACCAACAUUGGCAAGCCUUGACUGACGAGGAUAAUGGCAUCAUUGGACCCGACGGAAACGCCGUUACGAUCGACUCUAUUGUCCCGGGUGCUCCAGAAGGCCAAUUCGUCGCUGUUGUUGAUAGCGGUUUCACCUUUUCUCAAGUUCCUCGCGAGGUUUCGGAUGCAAUCUAUGGUCGAGUACGGGGUGCCUACUAUGACGAAAAGAACGAAUGGUGGUUGAUUCCUUGUGGACAAUACCUCAAUAUUUCCUUCAACUUCGGUGGUCGCAACUACCCUAUACACCCUCUUGACGUUGUCGACGAUAACUUCUCAAGAGUUGAUCCCACAGGAAAGAAAGUUUGCAUCGGAGCUUUCCAACCCAUUACCUCUGCAUUCAGUGUCCUAGGACAUUAUGACAUGAUUCUCGGCAUGAGUUUCCUUCGAAACGCCUACACUCUUCUCGACUUUGGCGAUUGGAUCAAGAACUCGGCCGACAAGGAGCAUCCUUACAUCCAAAUGGCCUCUCUCACCAACGUCGAAGCCGCCCGUCAGGACUUCAUUCAAGUACGCCUGGGAGGCAAUGCCUCCGCCAUCGACGACGCCCGUUGGACGCUCCUGCCGGUGGAUCAGAUGCAGCACUCGCCCAUCUCCGCAGAGGAGAAGAAGAAGAAGUACCAAGAGAUGAUCCUGAGCCGCUGGCCGUACAUCUUCGUCGGCUGCCUCGUGUUGGUGCUCAUCAUGAUCGGCCUGUGCGUCUGGAAGUGCUGCUGCAAGCGCCGCGGCAACAACAACAACGCUGCAGGCGGGGCUAAGAAGGACUUCUUCUCGCGGGGUGGUGGGGACAGCGGGAAGGGCGAUCACCUGGAGAGCGGCCCGCGAGACUCAUAUGCCCCGCUUGGAGGAGAACGCAGCGUGGGUGAUCUGUCGAAGAACCCGUUCAGCACGCCUAACAGCUCGCACUACAACCUCAACUCGCCGUCGCAGCAGCACCUAAACUCGCCCUCGGGGUACGAUUUCCAACACGCGGCGCCACCGUACACUGCAUACCCACCAGACUAUGGAAGUGGGCACCGCCAAAGCGGGUACCAAGACAAUCGUCAUUAA